CCGGCGGCGGCUGCUGAGGAGGAGGAGGAGGAGGAGGGGGAGCGGAGGGAGGUGUUUCUGUCAGUUCCGGCUGUUUGUUCGGGAAGUGGAUCCGCCGCUGCCGGAGCAGCCCGGAGGGAGCUGCGGUUUGCGAGGCCAGGACCGACCCCGCCCGCCCGCGCGCACCGCCCCCGCCCGCCAUGGCCCGGGACUACGACCACCUCUUCAAGCUGCUCAUCAUCGGCGACAGCGGUGUGGGCAAGAGCAGUUUACUGUUGCGUUUUGCAGACAACACUUUCUCAGGCAGCUACAUCACCACGAUUGGAGUGGACUUCAAGAUUCGUACGGUGGAGAUCAAUGGAGAGAAAGUGAAGCUGCAGAUCUGGGACACGGCAGGCCAGGAGCGCUUCCGCACCAUCACAUCCACGUAUUACCGGGGGACCCACGGGGUCAUUGUGGUUUAUGAUGUCACCAGUGCCGAGUCCUUUGUGAACGUCAAGCGGUGGCUUCAUGAAAUCAACCAGAACUGUGACGAUGUGUGCCGAAUACUAGUGGGCAACAAGAAUGACGACCCUGAGCGGAAGGUGGUGGAGACAGAAGAUGCCUACAAAUUUGCUGGGCAGAUGGGGAUCCAGUUGUUUGAGACCAGUGCCAAGGAGAACGUCAACGUGGAAGAGAUGUUCAACUGCAUCACAGAGCUGGUCCUCCGAGCCAAGAAAGACAACCUGGCCAAACAGCAGCAGCAGCAGCAGAACGACGUGGUGAAGCUCACGAAGAACAGUAAACGAAAGAAACGCUGCUGCUAAUGCCCGCCUGCAGAGACUGCACUGCGGCCCCAGCCCGAGGCCCGAGGGGCUCCUCGGCGGACGGUCUCAGUUCCGUGCCGUUAUUUAAAGAAUUCUCUCCACGUUUUUGUACCGGGAGGCGCCAUCGGCACUUCCUCCCCUCCCUGAGUGCCAAGAAGGCGUUGGACGAGCCCGCCCUUCCCUCCUGGUGCCCUCCUCCCCAGCCAAGGCGCCUGGACCUGGCGAGGACGCUGCCAGCCGAGCGGACCGAGUAACCCGUUGUACAUAGUGUAAAUUGCGUUAACCAGCUGCACACCCUCGUCCUGCUCUGGCUUCUGCCUCCUAAAUGCCAGCCUGCUGCGACAGACCCUCCUGCUGCCCUCCCGUCCACCCUACCGCCAGCAGCUUCCUGAGGGGACAGCAUCACGUUCUGGCCACGUCUUUGGCCAACCUGGGUCAGUGGAGUGGGCUCCACGUUGCUUAUUCUCUCCUACAGGUGUCAGCUUCUGUCCCCGGCCUCCAGGCUUUCCCCGUUCUCUGCGGCCUGUGCCAACCCAUCCUGACCCCAGACCUGCUCUGGGAGCUGGGGCAGCCUGACCUGGACGGAGGCCCUGCCGUCUGCUUUCACAGAGGAAGUCAGUCCUGCUGUUGGCCAACAGGUUUCUUGUCCUGCCUCCUAGACCCUUCUGAGCUACAGACCCAGGGGAGCCCAGCUUCUCAGCGAUACCAGCAUGUCUCCGUCCCAGCAGGAAGGCAGGGCUGCGUGUGCAGAUGGGGCGCACAGUGGGCAUUAGACUACUUUAACAGGUAAAGAAAAUGAAGCCAAAUCAAGUGAAUUAAAUUGCUCACAAUUAUUUUCUGUCCCUGAAAUUUGGCACAGCAGCAAAGGUUGUGGCCACUGCAUUUUUGGCCCAGGGUUUUUAGACAAAGUAAAUGGCUUCCUGUCACCGUGGGGCUCUUGGCUGUUUCUUGGGAAAGAGAGGGCUGCCACUGGUGUCAGGAGACUGUGACAUGGGGCCGUGGUGUCAGGGCUGCCGGACAGCAGGGGGAUGACACGACCACCGACAAGAGCAGUCCGACCACAAAGGUGGUGGGAGGCCAUCUCCACUGGUGGGGAGGAGUGGCACAGGGCAGUGCCCUGGAGGAAAAACCAUUGUGACCUGCCCCCGACUACUGCCCCUCUGUCCCUCCCCUCUCCCCUAAAGGGAUCACGUACGCUGGGAAGAAUUGAUUUCAGCACCAUGAUGUGUUUUAUUAGAUUUCCUUUCCUAGGCAAUUUUCAGGCAAAGCCCUCACUGGACAAUCACAUUGCAGAUCACGCUGCAGAUUCUCCAUGUUAACACUGUGGAUGGGUUUGUAAUCAAUAAAAACUGGGGGUUUCUUCUCA